CCGCUCUAUCGACCAUGCUUGUAUUCCCAGGAGAUAUUCUUGGAACAUCGCGUUGUGAAUAUUGGUACCCUGAGGUUGGUCCUAAAUCUGCACAAGCUGCACAUUCCCGCAAGCUUAUGUAUAAUAUACUUGCUGCAUUGUGGCCUACACACAAAUAUGGUGCGGUCCCGUCUCUUGAUGAGGUUAUGAGUUUACUGAGCGGACCUGAACAAAUCGGAGACUACAGUCAAUGCGUCACCGACAGUAAAGAUAAUUCCACAGCAAUUUACAAUGCACUUGCAAUGGCCGGUGGUAGAGCGAGUCAGCCGAAUCAAGUUUGGAGUAUUGUACAUACAGUCAUGCACAAUUACCCUAUCACAGGCAUGACAAGUAAUCAGGUACAGGCGUCGCGUGCAUUGGCUGAUUUUCUGCAGCAUAAUUUCUGGUGCACGGAUUGUCGUGGGGUUUUCGCUGUAGGUGUUUUGAAUGAAUUUGGUUUUCCUCCCCAAACUAACGAUCCAUAUGCUCACGCCAAGUGGUGGUGGCAAGGUCACAAUACAGCUAGUGAGCAUACGGCCUCAACUCGUGGUGGACACCCUUGGCUGUUUCCUCAUGGAGACGAGGCAAUUGCAAUGGUGGGAGGUGGCAAUCUCUUCUAUAUGAGCUAUGAGGACUCGGAGCAGAUGUGGACCCUUCCAGAAAGUUUUGAAGAUCUGAUCUGAACAAUCGCGUUAAAGUAUACGAGUAUGCAAAAGUACUUUUGGUAUACAUCUCGCCUUAGGUGCGCUACUUUGUUGCAUUCAUAUUCUCAUAUUAAUUCGUAACAAUCAAGUCCAGACUCCUUUGAUAAUC